AUGGAUUCGUCGUCGGGCAGAUUCUUUGCUGCGAGCAGCCGCGAGGGGCGGGCUGACUGCGUCGUCGUCGAGCAGCCGCAGCGAGAUGCGGAGGCAAAAAGGGAGAAGCAAGGCACUGGGACGAAGCAGCAGGUGGGCAAACAGGAGCAAAAGACUCUCAUCCCACGUGUGUUUGCUUGUGUGGCACGCAUUUUGUUUGAAUCUUCAGGAGAGUUCCGGAGGAGACCGUCAGAUCUGCAUCGACGUCAGAAAGUGCCCCAUGACACUCGCGGUGGAGGUGCCUGCGGUGACGCCAAAGGCCACUGCAGCAUCGACCGCAGAGAUGGACGAUGACACAGAGUGCCUAUUUGGCCCCGACGCGGCUCGAUGGGCGGCAAGCGCUCCCCCGGGGGCGUGCAGGAUCACUCACAGCCUCACGCCUGCCGAGGACAUCGACUCCUUGGAGGACGGCCUCUUCUCUGAUGACACGGACACGUAUAUGAAGUCGGCAAAAGGUGUGACGGCCAGCGUCGGCGAGCGGCUCGGCAUCGCCGCCGACCCCAAGAGCCGGCCCUUCGUGAAGCGUGUCGCCGCUCGCUUGGCCAAGGAUCUGGAGCGGUUCCGUCGCAUCCUGAUGCGUCUGGAUGAGAGCAACGAGGAGUGCCAGUUGGCCACGGCCGACAUGCUCUACCGGCUCGUCGCUGAGCGCCUGCUGGCGUUCGUGGCACCGUCGGACAUUAUCCGUAUGGUGCAGACGAUCUUGACGAUUUUGAGCGUGAAGGUGGCGAGCAAGGGGGUGGACGUGGAAAUCCCCUGCGAGGUCAAGAGUCUGAUCGCAUUCCAUCACAUCGGGACGCUGCCGACAGACAAGCCCCUCUCCCCCGUCGACGUGGUGUCCGUCGCACGCCUGUACCUGAUGCGGUGCGGGCUCCUCGUGGCACUCGAGCUUGCCCCUGCUGCGGCCAUCGAGCUUCGCAACAGCUUCCUCCACACCCACAAGGCCACCAUUCGCCAAUUGCUCGACAUCAUCGUGGAGAGCGCACAGCCAGGGGUGGCUUUCGAGGCCGUGGCAUUGCUGCGGGUGCUGUACAAGCCGAGCCCCCCAAUUGCAGUAGCUGUGGAGCUGUGCAGCAUAUUUGUCGAGAGCUUGAAGGUGCCAGCGGACGAGCAGCCAGCGGGUGUGGAGGGGUUCUUCACGGUGCUCUUCAACGCUGCACAACUCUGGAGCACACGUAAGCCGGCCAGCCAGCCAACCAGCCGUCAGACAGCGAUCGGUCGACUCCUCCUGACGUUGUAUAUUGACUGAUUGACAGGUGAGGAGGAGUGGUCUGUGGUGAGGGCUGCACUGAGUGCCCACGUAUACUCUCAUUUCGGAGGCCUGGUCGACCUCAUCGCUCAUCGCCCAGCGUCGACGUACACGCGCUGGGCGGCCAGUCUCACCCUGGGCACCUUCAUCCAUGCGUCACUCACCCUGUGCAUCACAAGAAGGAAAGGUAUGUGCACAUAUGGAUCGGAGAAGGUAGGCGGGCCGAGUGCAGGCAGGUACGUGUUUGCGCAGCUGACGGCCACGCCCUCAUCGAGAUUGAGCAGCAUGGUGUGGACAAGGUGCUUUCUCCCGCCCCGAUGCCGAUGGAGCCGCUUCGGCGUCUGGUGCUGGAUGCAGUGGCCAGGGAGGGCCUGGUGACCGCUGCAAGCCUCGAUUAG